CUGACAAGAGGGAGACUGGCUUUUCUGAGUUUGUCAGCUACCCCUAAAAUAGCAGUCAGUGUGUAAAUGUGAACCGAAAUUACGUUUAUCCACUGGAGCCACCGAUAUAGAAGUGUCUAUAUACAGCGACUGACUUGGGAGUAAAGGACAUUUUCAGAAGGAGGACAAAACGCCAGAAAGCUGAAAGAAAAGGAUACAUUGAAGAAAAAAUAAACAAGAGAUAGGAGCUGAAUAUUCUUGGUCCAGUAAAGAGGAUAGUGGUUCUUUGGUUGUUUGAUUGUGGUGUGGUCUAGCGAAGAACGAAGAAGCGAGAGAGCCAACAAGAGAAGAGAGAGUGUUGUACAAUGUGCUAGGAGAGUGAAGGAGGCAAGCUUUUUGUUUUUCUGAUAUUGUCGAGGUGUCAGAGAGACCGGACAGGACGCAGCCAUGGGGCGGAAGAAGAUACAGAUCACCAGGAUCAUGGAUGAGAGGAACAGGCAGGUUACCUUCACAAAGAGGAAGUUUGGCCUGAUGAAAAAGGCCUACGAGCUGAGCGUACUAUGUGACUGUGAGAUAGCCCUCAUCAUUUUCAACAGCUCUAACAAACUGUUCCAGUACGCCAGCACAGACAUGGACAAAGUGUUACUGAAAUAUACAGAGUACAACGAGCCCCAUGAGAGCAGAACCAACUCUGACAUUGUAGAGGCGCUAAACAAGAAAGAACACAGAGGCUGUGAUAGCCCGGACCCCGAUGCCUCAUAUGUCCUCACUCCUCACACAGAAGAAAAGUAUAAAAAAAUUAAUGAGGAGUUUGAUAAUAUGAUGAGAAAUCAUAAAAUCCCCACAGCAUUGCCGCAGCAGAACUUCUCGAUGCAUGUGGCAGUGCCAGUGUCCAACCCUAAUGCUAUGUACCAGCCAGGAGGGACUCUGGGCACCCAGGCCCUGGCAGCCGCCACAGCCUCUCUGAGUGACAGUGGGAUGCUGUCCCCGCCUCAGGCCUCUCUGCACAGGAAUGUGGGCGCUAGCGGAGGCCCCCAGAGGCCAACCAGUGCAAGCAAUGCAGGUGGCAUGCUGGAUACCACAGACCUUUCAGUGCCAAGUGGUGCGGGCUCCAGCCCAGCGGGGAAUGGUUUUGUUAACCCCAGGGGCUCUCCAGGCCUCCUCAGCACACCCAGCGGCAAUGGCCUGGGUAAAGUCAUGCCCACCAAAUCUCCACCACCCCCUGGAGGGAACAUGGGGAUGGGCGGCCGCAAGCCAGACCUAAGGGUUGUUAUCCCUCCAUCGAGCAAAGGGAUGAUGCCCCCACUGUCGGAGGAGGAGGAAAUGGAUUUGAGCACCCAGAGGAUAAGCAGCUCUCAGUCCACCCAGCCACUGGCCACUCCGGUGGUGUCGGUCACCACCCCCAGUUUACCCCCGCAGGGCCUGGUCUACUCAGGCAUGCCAACCUCCUACAACCCCACUGAGUACUCCCUGAGCAGUGCAGAGAUCUCUUCCCUACAGGGCUUCAGCUCUCCUGGGCUCUCACUCGGCUCCAUGUCGGCAUGGCAACAGCAUCAACUGGGCCAGGCAGCUCUUAGUUCUUUGGUUGGUGGAGGUCACCUACCUCAGGGCUCCAACCUCUCCAUCAACACCAGCCAGAAUAUAAACAUCAAGUCAGAGCCCAUAUCCCCACCACGGGAGCGUGUCACCCCCUCUGGCUUCCCCCCUCAGCAGCAGCAGCAGGUGUCCACUCGACAGGACAUGGGACGCUCACCCGCCGACAGCCUCAGCUCCUCCUGUAGCUCUUACGAUGGCAGUGACCGUGAGGACCACCGGCCAGACUUCCACUCCCCGCUGGGGCUGGGAAGACCCCCUGCUGGCUCUGAGGACAGGGAGAGUCCCUCAGUUAAGCGCAUGCGCAUGGACACCUGGGUGACAUAAGAAACCCCGGUCAAGCCUCCAGCCACCAGCCAGUUAGAGAGAGGGAGGAGUUAGACAUGGAGAUGAAAGAAAGUGGAAGGGUCCUUAGAACUGUCAUUAUGUUACUUUUAUUUAACUCCAUUUCAAUUUGUAAGACUGAGUGGCAAAUGUAAUAUGAAGUGUCAGGACAUAUCUAAAGUAAAUUCUCAAACUGAUACAGUGAGAAAGAAAAAAAAAAGCUCAAUUAGCUGGACUGAACUAUAUGCACAAGCAGGUGGUAUCAGGUACUUGGUGCAAAUCGGAUGAUGUUUGCAGAAGAGUGAUGUUCAAGGAAUAUUGUUAAACAAUAGGCGAUAGAUUAUUGUAGUCACUGGUCUAGUCUGACACUUACAUGUAGUUGCUAUUUUGCUGUUGUGCUUGCAAGUUACAAACAAUCAAAGAAAGUUGUGUUGUUUUCAGGCUGAGGACCCUUACAGUACAUAUGAUGUUCACUGCAAGAACUCUCUUUUUAAAUUACGCUGUAACCUUACAAGACCAUUAUCUCGAGUGGCCUCUUCUAAUUUAUUAAAUCAAUUGAUCAGGCCCAGAGAUACAGAGAACAUGGAGAUAAUUAACAUAAUACAAGAGUUACAGUUUUGAUCAUAGAAAUUCUGCAACAGUUGAAACCUUGCUGUAUACACGAAACAAUACUGUUGGAGGUUAAAAAUGAGAUAGCAAAAGAAUUUAUUGCAAUAAUAACAUAACAUUCAUUUUAUAAUUUAAAAGAGUAAGGAUAUAUAAUGUGCAAUUAAGAUAAUGAGAAGUUGUCCAGUUGAACUGGUGAGAAAAUCAAGACGUUCACGUUGUGCAACAGUUCAUCAGUAAUAUAAGCCAAAGCUGUUCUUUUGUGUUGUUUUGUAUAGUAGCUAUGGUUUCCUAGCGAUUCUCUCAAAUGCACCAUUGUUUUCCAUCAUAGUUUUAUUUUUUAUCGUGCUUUAUUACAAACAGUGUAAAGUCAUGUAAACCAGAUCUUGAAUCAAUAUCUAAAGCCAUGAACAUUUGCUGUUCUGUUUGUAUAAUUGAAAAUUUGAGCCAAACAUUUUCUUUUGUUAUGUAAAUAGCAACUUUAAUAUAUAUCACCAGGGUGUGAGUACAUACUGAAUGUAUCGUACCAUCACCGUUUUCAAGAAAAGUAUAUUUUUGUGGAUUACAGCCAAGUUUACAAGAGUAGACCCUUAAAAAAAAGUAGAUCAUUCACUGGUCAAUAUUUGCUAUUUUGUUAUUUUUACUGUAAUCUCUUCUAAAUUGAAUUACCAACAUAAUCAUCCAUGUGCUUUUAGUUUUGGGGUUGUUUCCCUUUAUUAGUGGUGAUUGUUUGUCCUUAAGAAAUUGUAAUAACAAUGCUGUGAGGCUGAAGUUCCACUAUUUCGUAUUUGUGAAGGAUGGUCACAAGGCUAUGGGAAAUAGAGUUUCUUCCCUCCUAUUGUGUUAGCUUGUGUUGUAUACCUGCAGCUGCUGAAUACACUGCCAACAUUCAAACCCAAGGUCCCAAACCCCACAUAUUGAAGAAUAAUCCAUUGUUACUGUGUGUAGUUCAACUGAAAGACAUGCCAUCUCUCAAGCCAUUUGCACAGUCCUAUUUAUUGGUUCAUAGAAUUAAAGCAGAAGGCAUAAAUCUGGUCAAACUUUUCCGCUGUCAAAAUGGUUCUUGAAUAUGUUGAUAAAACGUUGUAAAUACUACAAGUUUAACUGAAAUGUCAGUCAUGAUUAUGUACAAAAAAACUCAUGUGUUCAGUUAAUUGGCUCCAGAAAUUGUCUUAUACCCACACCCCAUUAAUAGUGAGAGUACUGUAGGCCUAGGAAACUUAGGAGUUGGAAAAGUGAAAACCUUUUCAUGUAGAGGGAAGGUGUUGUGAGGCUGGGAUAUUUGCCUGCCUGCGUUACCAGACCAUGCAGAGACAUUCAAGUGUCUGUUACAAGGGAAGAGGGCUCUGACUUGUAUUCUGUUCCAUCAUCAUAGAAGCAAAGAAUUCAGCAGCUAAGUCAUUUAAAAAAACAAAAACAAAAAAAGAACAAUGCAAUGUCAUUGACUUAAUCUCACUGCUGGAUUGCACACAUUUGUAUGAGAAGUUUGCUGUAUGAGAGGAGUAUCACUCUGCAUUCGCCAUGGCAUAUCUUGUGUGUCUCCUAGGUUUCUGUCCUCUCCGCCCCAUCAUCAACUCCAUGGUUGCCGUCAGUAUAUGCCCAUAAUGAUCUAUGCAGUUUUGAACCCAAUAUUUUGCCCAGAUCCACUCCCCACUAGGUCACAUAACAGGUUCAGAAUAAGAUGUCAUUAUAGGUCACAUUUAGUCUGCAAAGCAUUAGAAAGAAGAUUAUGAACUUAUUAUGGCUUGAGCAUCUGAAGGUAGACUGUUAGCCUUAAGUGCCACAGCCAGAGGGUGCUGGACUGCAAGUUACGCACAUAUCACAUUUUUUAAAAAAUGAUUGAUUUGGAUCCUUUGAGGAAAUGUUCUCACUUUCACACACAGUAGUAGACAUAGUUUGGAAACCGUUUGGAAAGAGCAUUGCCUAUUUAUAUCCUCCAUAACGUAAUCCAGUCUAAUACAGCAGGUGAAAAUAGCAAUAAUGACUAGAACAAAAUAUAGUCUGUCUUGACAGCAUCACCUCAUAGUUGAGCACACACUUUAGCACUUAAUAACAUAUCAGGGAAUUUUUGUAGUUUCUCUAUUUAUAUGCACAGUUAGGAAAUGCCUUAUCCCAAAGAAAAAAAAUGACACCACUCUUUCUCUCAGUUUUACAAAAAUGUACCAGACAAUGCAGAGAUCACUCGCACUUGACCAGCCCUGCCUCUCCUCAGAUUAGAUUCACACAAGAUGCAUGUAUAGGGAAUGCAAUGUGAUACACUCACUCUUUUGGUUUAUAUCCAAAUUGUGCACAACUGAUGAAUGUGAAAGGAAAGGGUAAUCAACAAAUCUUUGUAGAGAACUUUCUUCACUUUGCUGUGCAAGAGUACACUGCUUUGCUUCAUGGCUUUUAUAAACAGACUUAUGUGUUCGGUAAAUGUUUGUAGUUGAUAGUUCACAUAGCUAAAGAAGCUGUUUUCGGUUUGAGCGCUCAGACCGUUUGGCGGCACAAGCUGGACUUUGUUGCCAAUAAUGAAAUUAUUUGUUUCAAAAUCAAAGGAGAUUUUAAGUUAAUCUGCAUUUUAUUUUCCCUUGAAUGUGUUGUUUUAUCUUCAUCAUACAAUAAAUAAAUAUUCAAGUGAACUUUUUAUUGAACAAUUAAGAUACUAUGCUAGAUAUUGUUGUACAAAAUUUGUAUUCUACCUUCACAAAAGUACAAAUAUUGGCUUUUAAUGUGUAAUUUAGGUUAUCUCUCUUAUUCUGUAUAAAAUGAAGUGAACAACUCUUACAUAGAAUUUGUCCUCCUGUGAAGUCCCAAACAGUAGAAACUGUCAAACUUUAUUAAACACCUCAAUGUAUGCUCAAUCAGAA